AUGCCUACGGCAAACUCUCAAGCCAUCAUCUUCACCACAUCAACUCUUUCGGUACUUGCUCAUUGCAAAUCAUCCGGUCCAGCUUCUCUGGAAGAAAUUCAAGCAAUGAUUAUAUUGUCUUUUGUGGUGAGCCAUCUGGAAGGCUUGUCCAGAAGAUUCUGGUCGUUGUUCUCGGAAGCGAUCAUGAUGGCAAGGUCGCUAGGACUGCACUUGAUAGACGACGACAACCGCAAGUAUUUGAACUCACUCCCGCCACGAGAUUCCAUCAAGGCUGAGAUCGGACGACGAGUAUGGUGGUAUCUAGUCGCAUCGGACUGGAUGUUCACUCGUUACCCUGGGCCGUGUGAGGGCAUUCACACGGUCAAUCCACUGCACAUGUGUGUGCGGCAACCCCUUCACGCAGACGAUGAAGAUCUUUUCGAUGGCAUGGAGUUUUCCCAGAUUGAUAAACCCCUCUCCGAGCCAACAGAAAUGUCAUACAACCUCCAACGUAUUCGUUUAGCGCAUAUCUGUCUGGAAAUCACCAAUUCUACCCCUUUCAACAACCGCAGCUUGACACAUGAGCGAAUCAUGGACAUUGAUGCGAAAAUUGAAGGUUUCAUCAACACGCUACCUGAUUUUCUAAGACCGGACGAGUACAAAACGCCCGGGGCAGGAACAAAUGAGGACACAGUCGACCGAUUUUCUCCUGGAAUCGUGAUUCAGAGAUACAUCCUAAAUUCUCUGCUUCAUGCUCAGCGUUGUAAGUUUCAUCUACAGUACCUCGGGCAAAUGUCGUCGGCGGGGGAGAAGAACUCAGCAGAGUAUGUUGCAUCUCGUGAAAUCUGCCUGAAUACAGCGCGAUUGAUCAUCCGGUUAGAGCGGGCUUUGGAGCACGAGUAUGUCGCUUUCGCUAAAGUUCGGCUGAAGUUCAGCGGAGUUUUAUACUGCAUCUUCAUGGCCACGAUGGUUCUUGGACUCGAUUUAUGCCUGAAUAGGAGAUCAACCGCAAAGACAAACAAACCAAACGGGACACAAGACGGCCAUAGCCAAUCCGAACACGUAGAUGAGGAACGGAAGGCCGAGCUUGUGCAUGCCUGCAGAAUUAUCGCCCAUGCACGAAGAGAGUCUCCUAUGGCGGCAAAGUUGUUGGACUCACUACUGAAGACGCUGAAGAAGCAUCAAUUGACCAUCCCAUUUCUGGACCGUCCAGGCACUGACACCACGGAUCGCCAACAAAUACUCACAUCUUCAGACGUGAGCUUGGCCACGGGUAGCCCGAUAACCCUGCCGACGAAUGUUGAUAAUGAAUUGAGUUCUAGAGACGACAUUACUGCGAUUGCUUCCACCGAAGGCUUCAAGGAUGCUGCGAACCAGAUGCCAGACAUGUCAUAUCUUGACGAGUUAUGGUCCACCUUCAAUGAUGGCAUGGAUUUCGAGGCUCUCUGUCGGGGGGGUUGGUUCUCUGAAUUGGAAUCCGGAUUCUAG